GCCGCUCCGCUCCGCUCUGUGCGCAUCGUGCCGUGCCACUUGCGUGCGCGCACGUGUGUACGUCGGUGUGUGUGCAUGGGUAGAUUUUUUCGGUUUUUGAAAGACAGUGCACCACGAUGGUGAUCUCGCAGGAGGUGCUCUCGAGGGCGGAGGAGAUCGCCGAUCAGGUAAUCCGCAAUGGCAAGCACGUGCUUCCAACAUUGGCACGAUUAUGCCUCAUCGCUACAUUCCUAGAAGAUGGUUUACGAAUGUGGUUCCAAUGGAGCGAACAGCGAGAAUAUAUGGAUGCUUCCUGGGGCUGUGGAAAAUUCUUGGCUACCGUCUUUGUCUUUGUAAAUCUUGUUGGACAACUCGGUGGAUGUGUCAUGGUGAUUGGCAGAUUGCGAGUCAGCAUAGCCUGUGGAGUUUUAUUCUUCAUCGUUAUUCUACAAACUAUCGCUUAUAGUAUUCUAUGGGACAUGCAAUUCUUAUUCAGGAAUUUGGCGCUAAUAGGAGCGCUCUUACUAGUAUUGGCCGAAUCUCGCGUUGAAGGCAGAUCGCUGUUUGCCGGCGUCCCUAGUCUCGGCGACAACAAACCUAAGAAUUUACUGCAAUUAGCCGGUCGAAUACUGUUGGCGUUCAUGUUCAUUACGCUGAUUCGCUUCGAAAUAUCCUUUAUGCAGAUCCUCCAAGAUAUUGUUGGUAGCAUUCUGAUGGUGCUGGUAACAAUCGGCUACAAGACUAAGCUGAGCGCAUUACUACUUGUUGCUCUAUUAACUGCGUUAAACUUUUACCACAAUGCGUGGUGGUCCAUUCCCGAUUACAAACCUCUCAGGGAUUUCCUUAAAUAUGACUUCUUCCAGACAUUAUCAGUUAUCGGUGGCCUUCUGAUGAUAGUCUCUCUAGGUCCAGGCGGUGUAUCGAUGGAUGAACAUAAGAAAGAAUGGUAGAAAUAAUUCCACUUAUGGAUAUGGAAGAUGCAUGCGUCAUUUGGGUUGUUGUCAUGAAAGUUAAAGUGAAUUAUCGUGUCUCCCGUUUUGUCCUUAUAUGCGCUCAAAAAAAAUCAUAAACGAGUCGAAACAAGGAACUCAUGCAUGGAUAUCAUCGGUCUAGAAGCGAUCAUAUUUUAUGUUAACUAAUCAAAUUUUAUAUUUUAACAUUGCG